AUGGCUCCAAGAAUUACGAAACAGGGAUCUACUGCACUCCGUAGAAAAGACACAAUUUCGGAAAAAGGAUCAAGUAAAAAAGACCGGCCUGAUAAACGAAGAAGAGAGAAAUCAACACCAAGGAAAGUAGUAGCUGGAAAACAAGCUGCUGGAAAACCAACAGCAGGGAAACCAGCAUCGAGUAGACCUGGAAAAGGUAGAAAAAGAUUAAGUAAAUCGAGAAUCAGAUCGAGAGAGUUUGAUGGUUCUUUUAGGUUUGGCAAAGCUACACAGGAGAAAUUGAAGGGAUGGCUAGCAACUCCGGCCGACUGGGCUCGCUUCAAUGCCUGGGCAGCGAUCAACGCGAACCCGAAGAAAAUCCCGGAACCAGAAGCCAUAGUUCGACCAUCGAGGCCGUUAUGGCAGUUUAAAAAACGGAUGAUCGUUUUGUCCGCACCGCGUAAAGCAACGGAUCCAAGCAUCAACUGCAGGGAGGAUCAAAGUAUAUCAAAAGCAGCGUUAAAAGCAGCCCCGUCGAUGCGAACGAACUUGCUCGCCUUGCCGAAUAUAAGACUUCUCGAUUAUGGACGAGUUUAUUAUCAGGUCUCACCUGCAGCGUUGGAAUACGUAGCGUCGGAGAGAAUAUGCGAGUUAAGUCAGCCACAUUUUAUCCUCCCCGAGGAAUGCAAGCCACCUAGACUGAGCAUGUGUCGGCCAAGGGUUUUGGACACAGAGAGGUUGAGGAUAUUAGCCAUGAAUAAGAAGCUGCUGCACUGUCCUGAACAGCUUACCAAGGAAGAAAUGGAAGAACUUUUCACACCUCUGGGUACACGGAGGACCGCGUUGGGCUAUAAGAUUACACCGUGGAUGGAAUAUCUAGCAUUGCCUAACUACAAGACGAUCAAGGAGAGAAAAGACAAACAAGCGGUGACUUGGAAGAAAACGAUAAUCGAUGAAGGAGAGCAAAGGGGUAAAGAGGCUUUGGUUGAGCUAACGGAGAGAAGGGCGAAAGAAAGGGAAAGAGAAAGGAAGAUGAGAAAGCUACAAAAGAAAUUGCUGAACAAGAUUGCGAGCCUGAAAAACCGGAAAAGACACCGCAUAAGAAGAAACAAAAGAAAAGGCAGACUCGCGAUGAUGGCGAUGCGAAGAAGAAAAAAGAAGGAGGAGGCAGAAAGAAAAGAGAAGAUAAGGAAAAAGAAGAAAAACGCUUGGAGAUAUGCACCGUAUCCGUGCAAGAUCAUUUCACAGGACAUUAAGAAAGAAACUUUAGAGUUUGAAGCAUCUCCCCGCAUGACAGAAUUAUCUAAACCACGAGACCGGAAAGACAGAAGCUGCAGAACCAAUGCUUUCACGGUGAAAAAGGGUGCUCUGUCUGGUUCUGCUUCCGGCAGAGUCGAAGAUUUGGCAAAACCAGUGAAUCCUCGAGAUCCGAUCGAAAGGAAACCACCCCGCGAGAAGGAUGCCUACGGAAGACCAAUAUUCAUAAUGCCUAUUUAUGGAAAGGUAUUGCCCAAAACGAAACCGUACAAAAUGGGCGAUUGCCCGAAAAAAGAAGAGAAGAAGAAAGUCGUUAAAAAACGUCCAAUUGAUCCGAUCGUUUAUGAACCAUCUUAUGAUCCUUGCAUAUACCCACAAUUAGCAAAGAGACAGAAGAUGGAGAGGAAAAGAGCUGCGAAGCUGUUCCCAAAAAUGAAAAUUAAAAGAAGAACAAGGACUCAGAUGAAGCAAGCUUCGAAAAUGACCGUAGCAGGAGAUGAAGACAAAGAAGUAGAAUUAGAAAAAGCGAGUUUAAAUGAAGAUGAAGAAGAAGAGGAGGAAGAGGAAGAAGAAGAAGAAGAAGAGGAGUAAAAACUGCAAAUGAAACUCUGUGGAACCAUAAACAAUAAUUUAUAUUCCACUCACGCGUGUGUGAAUAUGUCAUUGAAAAAUAGAAUGACAUACCUUGUAUAUUCGUUUUCCUCGGAAUAUCCGCAACGAUUAUGUAAGGUUGCGGUGUAACAACAUGUGCAUAGAGGAAAAAGUUCUAAGUAAACAAGGAAAAUGCAUUUUAAAUAACGUCUAAUCUAGUUCACAGAAUAGAUUAAAUUAAUAGCUGUCACUUGUACUGCUGUGUUAAUGACACAUUAUUGCCUGGUCAAUGUUCAAUCAUUAUACAAUGUACAGUUAUCUAGCAAUUUAAAAAUAGAAAUCACGUGAAUCAUG